GAACAAAUGAAUCGCAUGUCCUACAAUGAGAAAUCAGAUAUCUGGUCACUAGGUUGUUUGCUGUAUGAAUUGUGUGCAUUAAUGCCUCCAUUUACAGCUUUCAACCAGAAAGAACUAGCUGGGAAGAUUAGAGAAGGCAAAUUCAGGCGAAUUCCCUAUCGUUACUCUGAUGAAUUGAAUGACAUUAUUACAAGGAUGUUAAAUUUAAAGGAUUACCACCGACCUUCUGUUGAAGAAAUUCUUGAGAAUCCUUUGAUAGCAGACUUGGUUGCAGAAGAGCAAAGAAGAAAUCCCGAGAGAAGAGGGCGUCGAUCAGAACCAGAGAAGUUGCAGGACUCCAGCCCUGUCUUGGGAGAGCUGAAACUAAAGGAACUGCAGCUACAGGAGCGAGAGCGAGCCCUCAAAGCUCGAGAAGAAAGGCUGGAGCAGAAGGAACGGGAGCUUUGUGUUCGGGAGAGACUGGCAGAGGACAAGCUGGCUAGGGCAGAAAGUCUGUUGAAGAAUUACAGCCUCCUGAAGGAGCAGAAGUUCCUGUGUCUGGCGAGCGGUCCAGAACUUUUCGAUCUUCCAUCCUCAAUAAUUAAGAAGAAAGUUCAUUUCAGUGGGGAAAGUAAAGAGAACGUCAUGAGGAGUGAGAAUUCUGAGAGUCUGCUCACCUCCAAAUCCAAGUGCAAAGACCUGAAGAAAAGGCUUCAUGCUGCUCAGCUCCGUGCUCAAGCGUUGUCAGAUAUUGAAAAAAAUUACCAACUGAAAAGCAGACAGAUUCUGGGCAUGCGCUAGCCUAGCAGAGAGCCCCAGAGCUGUGUACAGUGUUUAGCCUUGCCUACCCUUUAAAGAUUGAUAUUCAACUGCUGUCGCUCUACAUACUUGGUUCUAUGAGCCAUGCCUUUCUGUAUAGUGAGCAAGAUAUUUUGGAAUUGCUUUGGUUGUUCUGCAACAAUUGUACGAAAUGUCCACACCUUUAAUUUUUCUUUCUUUAUAGAAAGAAUGACGUUUUCUUGGUUGGUUGGGCUUUUAAUCCUGUGUGUGAUUACUACUGGAACAUGAAACAUGACAUUCUAAAUGUUGGGGGAAAAUAAUGUUAGGAAAAAAGUACCCAGGUAUAGCACUUAGAAGGUUUAAACGACUGAGUGGCAUUCUUACAGUUGUGGUGCCCAGAUGUAAGGUUUUAAAUGUUCUUGAGCUUAGAGAACCUAGUUGGGUACAAAUCGGCCACGAAUACUGUGACCUCUUGCUUUUAAGUGUCCCGUUGGUCUGCGUGGAAAUCUGUCACCUUUUGUGAAAUUCAUCACUGUGAUGUCUAUAUUCUUCCUUUUUAUUCUAUUUAAGAGUGUUUCAGCUGGCUGUCAUUUACCACCUGUUUCUCACUAAAUAAAAGCAUUGUUUAGUUUUCCUAUA